UACGAGAUCGAAGACCUCAAUUCUGCAGUGAAGCGCGUCCUCGCCGACGACAGCGCCCGCAGUGUCAGCGACAGCACCCCAAUUCCGUAUCGGAACUUUACGAAAUGGGUCGCGAAGAGGAAAAUGGGCAUCUUCCGCGCACCUGUUCGUCAUGGCCCGGCUCCGCUGCUCUCGCAACCAGCGGAGGCAUGCUUGGUCGAGUGGAUUGUCGGGUGCCAACUGGUCGGUCACCCCGCAAGUCGCAAGGAGAUCAUCUUCAAAGCCGGCGCCAUGAGCUCCAUGGCCACUGGUCAAACGGUUGGUGGCGGGUGGUACCGCCGCUUCAUGGGGCGACACCCGAUGCUGGCAACCCGAACGUCUCAGGCGGUAUGCAAGGCCCGCAACGCUGUGACCAAGAGCGAUCUCGAGCAGUUGUUUAGCUCGUUGAUCAAGGCUGUGGUCGAGAAUCGUUUGGACGCGUCUCGCGUGUUCAACAUGGACGAAACAGCGUUUCAGACCAACAAGGGCUCCAAGCGUGUCGUGGCGGUUCGAGCCUCCAAGAACGUUUGGCACCAAGACGUUGCGCUCAAUUUUCACCUCACGCUGGUCGCGUGUGGCAGCGCGUCGGGGUGCAUGGUGCCGCCGCUUUUCGUGCUGCCGGGGUUGACAGUCAAG